AUGUUUCGGGGCCAUUGGUGGAUGCAGCGAUUCGCGGCCCCGGAUUCACGACGGCUCAAGAGACGCGAUGUCGUCUCCUGGACGCUUGUGCACCAGCUGAUGCCCAGAGUUCGCCGCAAUGGUCUCAGGUCAAACGAUCGCUUCCGUUCGAAGCACGAGUCCGCCGCUCUGCACGGCUAUCGACGAAACAUCGUCCGGCAGCAACACGAGCCUCUCACGGGAUAUGCAUUCGAAGGCUCCCAUCGCUUUCAUUUGCAUGAACAGCGGUCUUGGACUCGGAGUCGAGACGUCGCAGGAAUCGCGGCCAGUGGAGCGCUCGGUACCGUACGGCACGAGCGGGACGUUGACGGAUCCAAGGCGUUUUGGCCUGCUUGCCGGCCUGGACUUGACGCUUACGGUACUUGUUGCACGGUGGACGGCAUCGCGUUCCCUAAACCCUCCUUCGGAUGGAACGCGCUGCACUUGCGCGUGCAGCGCACACCGUACUCGCCGAUGCGAUCUGCCCUGACUAGCGCCCGUGAUCGUAGCGUACGGCACCGGGCGCGGAAACGGCGGAGCGCAUACAGGGGAUCCCGCGGUACCCGUCAAGACCGUGUAUCGAGCGAUGAAGCGCGCCUUCAGAUGACGCAGUGCAGGGUGUGGCGGAGAACGUGCCGCGCGCACACAGGAACUCGUGAUACGAGUCAGGAGUCACGGCUGCACCCCAGGAAGGCUCGUGAAUCGCAACUUGCGCCUGUACAUGAAGUGCGUCGACGAUACCGGGGAGCUGCGAAAUCGGGACGUGCACGUUGGCCUCAACAUCGUUCAACAGCUGACGUCGGAGCUGGAUGUGCGGGAGGUACCGGCGUUUAUCACUCUGCAGGGAAUUCGGAGAAAAGAAAGAGGCAGGCACAGAAAGCGCACGACGACGACGCAUGGAUACGUAGCAAUCGGAAGAAUCGGGAAAGAUAG